AAGACUCGCAGGAGUUCACUUCCUGUAUUAAGAUUUUCAUGCUUACACAAAUGUGUGCAUCUGUCAGACAGAGGUGAACAUGGCAGACGUCUCGGAGAGGACACUACAGGUCGCCGUUGUGGUUUCUUUCGCUGCCGGCUUCUUGGCGGGGUGGCAGGCGAACAGAAUGAGGAGAAGGUUUCUGGACUGGAGGAAAAAACGACUCCAGGAAAAGCUAUCAGAAACACAGAAGAAACUGGAUUUGGCUUGAAUGGUCUGCGGUAUGAGGCUCUUGGAUUCUGGAUGUGGAUGCUACACCGUGUGUGGGACCGAGGGAAGGAAAUCUGAAGAUGACCUACCUGUAUGCUGCACUACCUGUAUUUGUCUGCCACACCUUUCAAUUUAAGACUCUAAUUCACUCUAAACCAGUUCCAUGAAAAUGGAAGCAACAGCAUUUUGUUGUUGUUGUUGUUGUUCUGCUAACAAAAAGGGAGUGGUGGCCCUGUUCCCAGUGCUGUUCUCUGCCAACAAGUCUCCAUCUCUGUAUUUGUCAAAUCAGGUCAAAUAAAUUAUUUUGUUCCUUUUUU